AGGUCCUCUGUGCAAAACUUUUCUGAGCUAUACUGCUGGUGCCUCCUGCCUGGUUACUUUGCCCUGGGAGAAAGAUGGGUAAAAAAUUGGAAAUCUUAAACUUGGGUAUGAAGACUGGAGACAGCCUGAAGAUCAAGGGCAAGAUAUCUGAUGAUGCCGAGCAAUUCAACAUCAAUCUCGGCUGCAGCUCGUCAGAUCUGGCACUUCACUUCAAUCCCCGCUUCAAUGAGUCUGUCAUUGUCUGCAACUCCAUGUGCUCCAAAGUCUGGGAGGCAGAGCAUCGUGAUGAUCACCUCUGUUUCUCCAAGGGCUCUACUAUCAAGAUCGCCAUUGAAAUGAAGGCAGACAAAUUCGAAGUGAAACUACCGGAUGGGCAUGAAGUGGAGUUCCCCAACCGGCAUUGCUACGACAAGAUCAACUACAUGAGCAUCAAGGGGGACUUCAGGGUCACCUCCUUCAAACUAGGUUGAUGGAUUCUGCUUUCUAGCUCUAAUAAAAACCCAGGCAGUGGGAGACUCCUUGCUCCGGCUGCUCUGGCUUCUGUGAGA